AUGUGGACGCCAAGAAGUAGUUAUGGCGAAAGGAGAGAAAUAAGAACAAACGUGGGGUUGGUGGCAGUGGCCAUAGACAAGGACAAAAACAGCCACAAUGCCCUGAAAUGGGCAAUUGACCAUCUCCUGCAAAAAGGCCAAACCCUCAUUCUCAUCCAUGUAAAAGUCAAACCAUUCUCUCCCUACACCACGCCUCUCCCUACAUCUCGGUUGAACCAAUUUUCUGAAAUGAAUGGUGACUUACCAUUGGUAUAUAAAGAUCCUGAUCCACAGACCAGGGAACUUUUCCUUCCUUUCCGUUGCUUCUGUACUCGUAAGGAUAUACCCUGCAAAGAUGUUGUCCUAGAAGAGACAGACGUAGCUAAAGCAUUGAUUGAAUAUGUCAGCCAGGCUGGAAUCGAGGUUUUGGUCGUAGGUGCCUCCACAAGAACAGGCUUUCUUAGUAAAUUUAAACCAACAGAUAUUUCAGCAAUGGUAUCAAAAAAUGCACCAGACUUUUGUAGUGUUUAUGUGAUAUCCAAAAGCAAAAUUUCAUCCAUGCGAUCAGCUUCUCGUCCAGCUCCAGCUAUCUCCCCAUUGCGUAAUCACCUUCUUAACCAGCCAGGCUUAAUGUCAACUCCUCCUGAAUCGCAUAUCCUGCCAGAUAAUAGCUCGAGAGUUGAGAAGCCGCGACUUGAACCACAGCGUAAAUCUACCGAUUCCAUGGAUUCCAUAAGGUCGCCUUUUAACAGGGGAGGCCAAAAUGUGAAACCAUAUCUGGCACUCCCUAUGCCAGAUACAGAUAUAUCCUUUGUUAGUUCUGGCAGACAAAGCAUUGACCGUAUGUUUCCCGAGUUCUACGAUUACCAAGAAGCAAGCCGCACUGCCACUACUCCAAGACUGUCCAAUGUUUCAGACUAUGAAAGUAAUUUUAGCUUUGAGUCAAUGCAGUUUGGACGAAACUCAGUGGAUUUGAGCUCUCCACAUAAUUUCUCAUACGUUUCGCAGGACAGUGACAAUUUUUCAAACUUAUCUACAUCAAUGGAGGACGUGGAAGCCGAAAUGAGGAGGCUAAAGCUGGAGCUAAAGCAAACUAUGGAAAUGUAUAGUAAUGCCUGCAAAGAAGCACUCACAGCAAAACAGAAGGCAAGAGAACUCCAGCUGUGGAAAUUGGAAGAGGAACGGAGAUUGGAAAAGGCACGACUUGCUGAGGAAGCUGCAUUAGCAAUAGCAGAAAAGGAGAAAGCUAAGUCAAAAGCAGCAAUGGAAGCCGCUGAAGCGGCUCAGAGAAUUGCAGAAAUUGAAUCACAAAAAAGGGUGAACGCAGAAAUGAAAGCACUCAAGGAAUCGGUGGAAAAGAAAAAGGCACUUGAUGCAUUAGCACAUUCAGAUUUCAGGUACAGGAAGUACACAAUAGAGGAAAUCGAAGCUGCCACUGAAUUCUUCUCAGAAGUUCUCAAGAUUGGGGAAGGGGGUUAUGGCCCCGUGUAUAAAGCCCGUCUGGAUCAUACUCCCGUUGCAAUUAAGGUUUUGCGACCAGAUGCAGCACAAGGAAGGUCACAGUUUCAGCAAGAGGUAGAGGUUUUAAGCUGCAUACGGCAUCCCAACAUGGUUCUCCUGUUGGGAGCCUGCCCAGAGUAUGGAUGCCUGGUGUAUGAGUUCAUGUCUAACGGGAGCUUAGAGGACCGUCUCUUCAGGAGAGGGAACACUUCGACUCUCUCUUGGCAGCUUAGGUUCAGAAUUGCAGCCGAAAUUGGAACAGCCUUGUUGUUCCUCCACCAGACUAAACCCGAACCCAUAGUCCACCGUGACUUGAAACCAGCCAAUAUCUUACUUGACCGCAACUUUGUGAGCAAGAUUAGUGAUGUUGGGUUGGCCAGACUAGUUCCUCCAUCUGUGGCUGACAAUGUAACCCAGUACCGGAUGACCUCCACAGCAGGAACUUUCUGCUACAUAGAUCCAGAAUACCAGCAGACAGGCAUGCUGGGAGUGAAGUCGGAUGUAUACUCCCUUGGCAUCAUGCUUCUACAAAUAAUAACAGCAAAACCACCAAUGGGAUUGACUCACCAUGUGCAACGGGCUAUUGAGAAGGGGACAUUUGUUCAAAUGCUGGACCCAUCUAUUGAUGAUUGGCCGGUUCAAGCGGCCUUGAGCUUCGCAAAGAUUGCACUUAACUGUGCAGAGCUAAGGAGGAAAGAUAGACCCGAUCUGGGCAAAGUCGUCUUGCCAGAACUGAACAGGCUGCGAUUACUUGCUGAAGAAACCAUGCACCUCACUUGGGAAGCUGGAAGUCCAGGACAUUCCCCCAACUAUAGCCAAGUUUCGCUGCAACUAGAGCACUCCAGUUGUCCUAAUUUUCUACACUCUGAUGAAUACUCAAGAAGUCCUCCCAACGAGAAUCCAUAGGUCCUU